AAAAGAAAGCGAGCUUCUCAAAAAAAGAAGAAAAUAUAAGAAAGAGAGACUUGGCUUUAGGGAACCUGAGCAGUGAGCAUUGAUAGAGCAGGAAAAGAACCUCAGCUCCAAGAGAAGCUUUAACUUAACCAACCCUGUUUGGUUUUGGGUUUUCCAGGGUUCAUUAUUUCCAAGCCUUUUACAUUUGUUCUUUUUCCUGAAAAUAUUAACUGAAGCUAGCUAUCUCAAGGACUGCCAUCCAUCCUUCAGCUUGUGUGGGCCAAGUCGGGUUUGAAGCAGAGCCCUUUUACCAGUUCAAGGGGAUAUAUAAAUCAUGCAGACCCCAAAAGCAAGUAAAACAAGCCCCCUAGAAGUGCCUCAGAGAAACUCUUCUGCUACACCUCGAACUUCUCAUCAAAUGAAGAUAUCAGGAUCUGAUGCUGGCACGGUUUCAUCCCCAAAUCCUGCAAGUAAGACAGCCAAAGAUAGAAGUCCGAAGGUUACUGAGCGUAAAGCAUUGAGAAGCCCGGUAUCUGAGAAAAAGCGUGCAAGCCGAGUGACCGAACUGGAAGCGCAACUCACUCAACUUCAGGAUGAUCUAAGAAAGACCAAGGAUCAACUGACUGCUUCCGAGUCAUGGAAGAGGCAAGCCAUGCAAGAUGCUGAGGAGGCUAAAAAGCAGCUAUCAGAAAUGUCAGCCAAGCUUGAAGAAUCCGAACAGCAAUUGCUGGAAAUUUCUGUCUCUGAGGAUGGUCGGGUUCAAGAACUCCUUAAGAUCUCACAAGAACGAGAUAGAGCAUGGCAGUCAGAACUCGAGGCUGUCCAGAAGCGGCACUCGAUGGAUUCUGCUGCCUUGGCUUCUGCUUUGAAUGAAAUCCAGAAGCUUAAGGCUCAGCUGGAAAAGGCAUAUGAAUCAGAAGCCAUUCAAACUAAACAUGCUGAAUCCGCAUAUGCUGAAAUUCAGAACUUGAGGAUUGAACUGACUAAAACUCUUUCCUUGGUUGAAACAGUUAAGUCUGAGAUCAAUAACUGCAGAGAAUCUGAAGCCCAGGCCGUUGAAGUUGUUAGCGAAACAGAAAUGCAACUGGAAGCAGCAAAUAAAACCGUGGAAGUACUGCGAUCCGAUGCCACCAAAAGGACCGAAGCUUACAACAAAUUGUCAUUGGAGUUGGAACAGUCACAGGCUAGAGUUAAAUCUCUGGAGGAACUUGUGAGCAAGCUACAGGCAGAACUCGUUGGUAAUAGCAGCAAAACAUUGAAGGAUCGCAAUGAUGAUGAACUGCCGCAGAAGAAUGGAGAAAAUGAGGAUAUAGAGAAGCUCAAAACGGAGCUUAAUUUUGCGAAACUUGAAGUGGGUCAAUUGAAAUCAGCAUUGGAUGCAUCCGAGGUAAGGUAUCAAGAAGAAUAUAUUCGGAGCACAUUGCAAAUUAGAAGCGCUUACGAACAAGUGGAAUGCAUACGAACGCAGUCAUGUCAGAGGGAGAUGGAACUGGAAACCGAAUUAAAUAAAAUGAAAGCUGAUGUUGAAGAAUUGAGAGCAAACUUAAUGGAUAAGGAGACUGAACUGCAGAGUAUUUUGGCUCAAAACGAGGAGCUGAAUUUGAAGACCGAGAAAAAACAGUUCGAUGAAGAAGAGCUGGAACUUUCAAUGAAGUUGAAGAAAAAGUUAGAGGCCGAUUUGACGGAAUUGAAUGCAAAUUUGACAGCCAAAGAAACCGAGUUGCAGAGCGUAACCAUGCAAAACGAGAAGCUCAAAAUGGAGAUUAUGAAGAUGGAAAUGGAUAGUAAUAAACUUAGUGAUGAAUCUGCUGCCUUGUUAGAAGCAGCAAGGGCAGCAGAGCAAGAGGCUCUACUGAAACACGACAAUUUAACUGAGGAAGCCGAAAAAAGUAGAAAAAGAGCAGCUCAGGUGACCGAACAGCUUGGUGCAGCACAAGCAGAAAACAAUGAAAUGGAGGCUGAGUUAAGGAGAAUAAAGGUUCAGUCAGAUCAAUGGAGAAAAGCAGCUGAGGCAGCCACUGCCAUGCUUUCAACUGGGAACUACGGAAAACACAUGGACAGGACUAUACCUUUUGACGGCAACCAUAACCCUGUAACGGGUUCACCCAACUCGGAAGACAUGGAUGAUGAUUCACCAAAGAAGAAAAAUGGCAGCAUGUUGAAAAAGAUAGGUGUGUUAUGGAAGAAAGGCCAAAAGUAGCUGAAAAUGUUGCAUAUAUUUCUGCUCUAAAUGUUUCGUGGUUUUCUCUAUGUUUUCAAUUUAUGCAAAAUUCAUCUUAAAUUUGUUAUUCCAAUUGAGUCAGUCUUAUGCAAAAUUUCAAGGUUACUACUUAUACCUCAUUUCUGAAUGCUCA